AUGCAACCCCAAUCGGAGUGGGCGGCGGCGGCGCCCGAUAAAGGUGAGCUCUUGGAGUUAUUUUCUCCUUUUCUUUUCCCCUCUUUUCAAUUAACCCUAGGGUUUAGGGUUUAG